UUUAGUGGGAGCUGGGCAGGAGCUGAGCAGGAGAAAUGAUGGAUUUUCAUACGUGCAUUAUGGGAGCUGAAUUAUUUGAUUUGGGGUACAGCGGCUAUCAGUUCACUUGGGAUAAUCGACGAUCUGGAGACGGAUAUAUUGAGGAAAAGGAUUGAUGGAUUUGUCGCAAAUGAUGGUUGGAAGGCUCUCUUCAGUCUUCCCAACUGCCCGAGUGCGUCACCUUGAUAAGGAGAGAUCUGACCAUAGGCCUAUUCUAUGUGAUACGAAUGGGGAGGAAGAUGAGGAGUCAAAGUGGGAAUGGUCGUUUAAGUUCGACCCCCACUGGGUACGACAUGGAGAGUGCCCGAAAGUGAUCGAGGAGGCAUGGAAGCAAGACCCACAUGCGGAUACUCUAACAAAAUUGCUAUCUUGCAGGUCAAAGUUUGAGCAAUGGAGCCGAACAGCCUUCCCAAACUUCCGGAUCCAUAGAGCCCGCAUCAGGAGAGCUCGGAAGAUGCUCGAACUAACCCGACGCUCCCUUGUGGUAGAGACACAGCUCAAACAGCUGGACAAGGAAGAGGAGGAACUCGAUCACAAUGAAGAGCUUUACUAGAAGCAACGCUAAAGGGUCGAUUGGCUAAAAGGAGGAGACUUGAUAGACCAAUAAUUACACAUGUUUUUACCCCUAUUCUUGAGCCGUUUGAGAGGUUGACUCUCGUGUUUAAGCCGAUUUCACGCGAGGUUGUGUGUUUAUGUCAUAUUUCAGGACCCGGCGUUGGAAUCGAGGCGAGGAAACGAGUUUUGGGUCGAAAGGAGCGAAGUUGGGUCGAAGUGUGCUGCAGGAGGAAAAUACCCGGUCGGGGGCUAAAAUACCCGACCGGGUAUUUAUUGUUUUGGCACCCGUGAGAAACAGAGGGGGGCCCGGCGUGAAGCUUAAAUCCCCGGUCGGGGAUUAUUGGAGCAGACCGGGGAUUUUCCCCUGGCACGAAACGCGCGUUUUAAUAAUACCCGGUCGAGACCCAAAAUACCCGACCGGGUAUUUCGACCGGGUAUUGCGACAGGAAGCUGUUUUAAAGGAAAAGAAGGCCAAAGAUCAAGGGAUUCGAGUUUUUGAGAGAUAGAGCGAUUCCUAGAGAGAGAAAGCGACGAAUAAGAGUUCCCAAGUGCCAUAGCUUGAUCUUCAUCACCAUUGGAGCCCGGCUUGAGCUUGGAGAAGUGCCGAUCAACGUCCAGGAGCAGAAAUCCAUUCUUCACAGUAUGAUUUCCGCGUCUGCUUCUGCUUUUGCUUCUUUCUCCAUGGAGUAGUUCUCCCAUUCAUCUGGGUAUGGAGAACCCUAGAUUUGUAUGUUAGGUUUGAUUGUAUGAACCCAAGUACUGAUUCUAUGAGUUGAUUAUAUUCGAUUGAGGCUUGAAUGAUUGAAUGACUUGAAUCCUGAUCAAAUUCUUGUUGUUUCUGCUUUAACCUAGAAUGAGAAUAUCUGCCUAGGUUGAUAGAGCAUACUUGAUUGAAGGUAGGGAGUUGGUGACUUUAGUCGAGGAGCCAACUCACUAUUCUGUACCGAAUUCACUUCGGUAGUGGAGGUUUUGUUCGUAGGGCCUCAAUCUGUUUACUCCGGUGGAGGUUAGUCGCCCGCUAGAGACUUAGAUUGAGAGGGUCUGGAGACCUUUAGUCGAGACUUCAGACUGCUUAAGAACCUUCCGCAGUAUAACUAUCAUAGAAACUGAACUUGGUAAUUGCAAUCCGACUUAACUGCAGUCUAGGGGGAACCAUAUCCGGGUGACCUCUCUUAACUUGAAAACAACCGUUUAGUUGCUUUACUUGUUUGUUAGUUUAGACUUGCAUUAAAGUUUCAUUGCUAGA